AUGUCGUAUAUGCUCCCUCAUUUAGAAAAUGGAUGGCAGGUAAUUUUUCCUGUUCCCAAUCGAAUUGUGUUCGGAACUAAGUUCAGUUCUGUGAAUUCAUAUCCGAAUGUCAGAAUUCUUUUUUAAUCACAGUCAGCUAAAACAUAACUUUUCUCUCUUCUAAAUACGGAAGUAAUCGCAUAUUUCCAGGUGGAUCAAGCCAUCCUGGCUGAAGAGGAUCGCGUGGUAGUAGUUCGAUUCGGACACGAUUGGGACCCGACAUGCAUGCAGAUGGACGAGACUCUCUUCAAAAUUGCGCCGAAAGUGAAAAACUUCGCCGUCGUCUACUUGGUCGACAUCACCAAGGUGCCGGACUUCAACAAAAUGUACGAGUUGUACGACCCGUGCACUGUCAUGUUCUUCUUCCGAAACAAGCACAUCAUGGUGGAUCUGGGAACCGGAAACAACAACAAGAUUAACUGGGCGAUCACUGACGGACAGGAGUUGAUCGACAUAAUCGAGACGGUUUACCGAGGGGCUCGCAAGGGACGCGGUCUCGUCAUCUCGCCGAAGGACUACUCGACCAAGUACAAGUAUUAA